CACAGGUGGGCAGAGCUAGUGGACGCACUGCUGGGCACAGGUGGGCGGAACUUGUGGGUGGCACUGCUGGGCACCGAUCAUCAGGGCACUGAUCAUCAGUGCCCUGAUGAUCGGUGCCGAUCCCUGCUCUGACAACUGCCAGUUCUCGGCAGGCACUGAUCAUCAGUGCCCUGAUGAUCACUGUAGCCCCAUCAGUGCCACCUGUCAUUGCCCAUCAAUGCCACAUACCAGUGCCCAUCAAUGCCACAUAUCAGUGUCCAUCAGUGCACAUCAAUGCCACAUAUCAGUGCCCCUCAGAGCUGUCUUUCAGCGCUGGUUAUAAGUGCCAGUCAGUGUUGCCUAACAGUGCCCAUCAGUGCCACCUAUCAGUGCCAGCCAGUGCCACCUUAAUAGGUGGACAGUCA